UAAUAGUUCAAAUGACAUCAAUGUCAGUUUUGAAAAUUAGAUACAAUUCGAAUUUCAAGUUGGCAGUUAAUUAAGAGGAGUUUACAAUGUGGCUAGCAGGACGUGUCCUAGGUGCCUCAAUUCGCCACACAGGCAGAGGCUCCCAUCGCUUGUUGCACCUUAACCGCCGCGAAGUGUAUUCGGAGUGGUUCCGCAUCCUGGGUGUGCACGAGUCAGCGGAUCAGAAUACCGUGCGCCACGCUUACUUGGACCUGGUGAAGCGAGUGCAUCCGGACUCUGGCACUGAAGAGGCCAGCGCCGAACGCUUCCAGCAAGUGGACGAGGCGUUCAGGGUGCUGCAGGAGAAGUUUGCCAAAGGGCGGCGCAACAUUCAGGAGGACGAGGACGAAGCCAUGGAGUUUGAUAUUCAACACACUGCUCCGCAGCACCGACAGUACCUGUCCAACGAAGGCAUUGGCGUCGGAACUCCGUUUCAGCGCCAGAAGCAGUACCAACAGGUGAGAGCCAUGAAGGCGCAAGAGCGCGUGCUCGAGCAUCGCAUUGACAAAGCGGCUGCGGGCGAAAGGACUCUGAUGUCCAAGGGCAACCAUUUCCGCAAGCACGCCAUAAAGACCAAAUACGGCAUCGAGCGCGUAGUGGAGGAUUUAAUCCAGGAGGCGAUGUCCAAGGGCGACUUUGACAAUCUGAAUGGGGUCGGAAAGCCGCUGUCAUCGGCACAGUCGCAGACUCCCUAUCUAGACUUUACCACACACAAGCUGAACAAGAUAAUGCUGGACAAUGGUUUCACGCCGGAGUGGAUUAGCCUAAGCAAGGACAUACGGGAAGCUGUUACACAUCUCAAGGAUAAGGUGCGCAAGGAACGUAUCUACUACGGCGAGUGGCCACUGCAACGCCCCGAUGAGCUAGCUGCAUGGCAGACAUUCAAGCAGCAACAUCAGGAGGAAGUCCAGCAAUUGAACAAGCUAAUUGACAAGUAUAACCUGUUGGUGCCCAUCCUGAAGAAUCAGUUCUUUCGCCAAAACCUAGACACAAUAGGCGAAAGAGUUUUCAGCGAGCCGCAAUUGCAACGUAACGUGAUGCGACGACCAACUCCGGAUGCCAAUAUCAACAACAAUGAACAGAAGCAGCAGACCUCGAGUACAAGCAUCUUUUCCCUCUUCAGCAACCUUUUGUGAUGUAAAGUUCGUUUUUCAACGAAACAUUGGUGAUAUUAGUUUAUAUGUAGCUCCCUAAGGGAGGGAAAUAAUAGUUAUUUAUUAAAAAUGAAUUGCAGUCUUAA